AUGCAUACCACUCUUCUCAGUAACUCAAUGCGCGGCGCUGCUCUGUGCACUCGCGUGUCGUCGACCACGUUGAACCCCGUCACACUCCAGACCUCCGCUAUCUAUCAGACCAUCUCGCUCAAGAACCAAACACGCCCAUCCAGCACAUCCACAGUCCGAUUCCUCAAAGCAUCUCCUACGCUCCGAACCUCAUCCGCGCGUCCGCAAGCACAGAUUGCUACGUCAUGCAUCAACGCAAAGAACACAAUCUCUGUCCGCUCCAACUCGACCACCUCCACCUCCGCCCGUGAGGAGGCCGCCAAACUCGACUGGAACUCAUACUUCAAGCUCCGUGCUUCCCGUCGACGGUACACACUCGCUUCUUCCAUCGUGAGCUCGGCAGUGAGCACCGUGGUUGGCGUUCAGGUCCUUUCAAGCCAGAACCUAGAGAAUCUGGGCGCCCAGGUUAUGGGCUUGGAUCCGUUUGUUGUUCUGGGAAUGGCCACGGCGGCCUGCGGUGCUGUUGGCUGGCUCGUUGGGCCAUUCUUGGGGAACGCUGUUUGGGGACUCGUCAAUCGUAGUUACAAGAAGGCGUUCUUGGUGAAAGAGAAAGAGUUCUUUGACAGAAUCAAGCGAUACCGUGUUGAUCCUUCUUCCAACUCGAUGACGAACCCUGUCCCCGAUUACUACGGUGAGAAGAUUGGUAGUGUCCAGGGUUACCGACAAUGGCUUAAGGACCAGCGGGCAUAUAACCGCAAAAGGCGCAGCUUCAUCAAAUGAUUUCUGUUCUAUAUCAACUAGUGCCGGCACUUUCUCGGCAUCAUAUACUAUUAUCCCUCGCUUGAACUUUUCCCGGGGUUGUUCUUACCCCUAUGUACUGUUAACAAGGAUUUUUGAGCGUUCACCAUGAACUU